CACGCCCACUAGCCUAAUACCAUUUGUCCCCGCGUGGAGGCGGUUGAGUCACUCUAUAUUUUCACGGUUUCUGCACGUUUCUGCACGUUUCAAUACGGGUGUAUGUCUUUGUAGGACUUUGUUUUGUAUACACCCACCUGUUUCUGAUCUUAGUCUAUGAUGCAGGCUGUCUGUCAAAAGUUGGUACAGAAAGGCAGCCUUCCUUUGAAUCGGAGCAGCCAUGCCAUGACUGUAGUCGGGAAUAAACUAUACAUGUGUGGAGGGGAGCUCCUCCCUCGGCUUCCCAUAGACGAUGCCCUCCACUGCUAUGAUUUUGAGGAACAAUCUUGGGAACAAGUCCGUGGAAUGGGAGUAACCCCAGGUGGGAGGAUAGCUCCAACGAUGUGCACCGUAGGCUCAAAGUUGUAUCUAUUUGGCGGCCGGGUUGGCGUUGACAUGAGUGAGGGUGCCAAGAGUGACCUGUUCAGUUUCGAUACUGAAAAGAAUUUGUGGAUUAACGUGGCACCCAACGGAACUCCUCCUUCCGUCCGUAGUUUUCAUGCCAUGACGUCAGCUGGAACGAAGUUCUAUGUCUUUGGUGGUUGUGGUGAACAAGGACGUCUGAAUGACUUGCAUUCUUUUGACACAGAAACCGAUACUUGGGAACAACUUCCAUCAUGUGACGACAUCAGACCAAGGGGAGGAUGUAACAUUGCUAUAAUUGAUAACAAACUCUACAUUGUUUUUGGGUUUGCUGGAGAAGAGCUCAAUGACAUGCAUGAACUCAACCUUACAACCUUGACUUGGUCAAAGGUUAAUCUAGCCAACCCAAUUCAGCCUCGCAGUGUCUUUGGGUUAGUUUCUAGGGAUGGCAAGCUCUUCAUCUUUGGAGGAGAAAUAGCCCCAGCAGAAACCGGCCAUGCAGGAGCAGGGAAGUUUUUAGAUGAAUUAUGGUGUUUUGAUCCAAAGAUGAACGAACUGAGGAAACUCGCCUUGACAGGUGCCACCCCAACCCCCAGGGGCUGGUUCCCAGCUGCUGCUACUGAUAGUGGCUUUGUUCUGUUUGGGGGACUGAACUCUGAUAAUGUCAGACUUUCAGAUUUGUGGUCAAUUGAGUUUCCAAAUUAAUCAUCUGAGAUUCUCUCAGUGAUGUAAACUAUCAAUACACCAUCUAACUUCUAGGACAAUUCUGUAAAUUACCAUGUAUGAUCAACAACUGAAUAAGUAAUACUACAAAUGAUUUUAUACAAAUAUGCGUUUAUUUCUUACCGUAUCCCAGGCAUAUCAGGCAGUGACAGAUUUCCAACCAAUAAAAUGUAAAUAAAAGAAACGUCUUUUGU